AUGAAGACGACGAUCACUCUUCUUGCAUUAGCAUUAGGCGCAGCUUCUGCUGCUGAUUUUACUUCCGCCAUCGACAAAGGAAUUUAUACAAGCCUGCUUCAACUCGUCAAUGACACAGACGCCGAGGCACUGAUUGAUGCCAAUGCUCCACUUACAAUCUUUGGUCCCAAGGAUGCUGCCUUCAGUGUAAUCUCGAGUCUUCUCUCUGGCUACACCAUUGACCAGCUAAGAGAUGUCCUCUUGGAUCAUGUGGUGGCUGGUGUAGCUCUUGAUUCUGCCGCCAUUGUGGAACAGGUCUGCACGGAAGUGGAAACUGUCGGAGGUCUCAAAUUGGCCAUUAAAUUUGAAGCCGCCGCCAGUUCCGUCACGGUCAACAACAUUCCUGUCACGGACUUUAACAUGGAAGGAGAUUUUGGAAUCAUGCAUGGAAUUGAAGGUGUCUUUGUGGAGGGUAUUCUGGGACAAUUUGAACCUUGUCCCAAGCCACCCAUCUUUGAUCCCCUAGUGGCGAAGGGGGCCUACAGUACACUGAUUGAUUUGCUCAUUGACACGGGCAGUGUUUCUACUUUGGAAAGCAAUGCACCUAUGACCAUCUUUGGUCCUAAGGAUUCUGCCUUUGCGGCCAUUUCCGAGUAUACAGUAGAAUUGUCUCUCGAAGAGGUACAAGGAACCCUUCUCAACCAUGUUAUUCUGGGAGAGGAAAUCUUAACGGGUACAAUCAUUUCGGAAGGCUGCAUUGAGAGAGUAACUGCCGGAGGACUCCAAGUUGGAAUUCUAUUUGAUUCUGCUACCAGUAGCUUGAGUAUCAACGGCGUCACCGUGUCUGACUUUAAUGUGAAUGCAGACUUUGGAAUCUUCCAAGGCAUUGACCAAGUUAUGGUUCAGGGUCUCCAAGGGGAGUUUAUUCCUUGCCCACCCUUCGAGGCGGACUUUUCUCCAAUUCGCAACAGAGGCAUUUACAAUGCUUUGCUCAAUUCGAUUGAAAGUUCUGGUGCCGACAUUGACAUUUCGGCAAGUGCUCCAGUUACAAUCCUUGGUCCAAACGACAUCGCUUUUGCCGAUGUUGCCAACAUUAUCAAUGGGCUGAACCAACAGGACCUUAAGGAUACGAUAUUGCGACAUGCAAUUGUUGGUGAAACUAUCGAAGCUGCUGACAUUGUCGAAGCAGGAUGUUUGGAAAAGGUGACUGCUGGGGGACUUGAUGUUGCUUUCCGCUACAACCAAACACUUGACCAAGUUGAUGUGAAUGGUAUUAUUGUUAGCGACAUUGGUAUCGUAGGAGACUACGGAUUGUUCCACGGGAUUCAAGGCGUUCUUUUCGAGAACUCACCCGGCUAUGUUCCUUGUCCAGCACCUACAUUUGUCGAUCUAGUCGAAGAGACAGGGAACUACACGGGUAUGGUCAAUUUUUUGUUGACAAAUGCCCAACUCCAACAAGAACUUGCAAGAGUUGGACCCGUCACUAUCUUUGGACCAGAUGACGCCGCAUUCGCCGCUGUUUCAAGUGAUCUCGCACAAGCUAACAACACUCAAUUGGUCACCAUUAUUGGUGGACACGUAGUCCAACAAGUUUACACUGCUGAACAAGUCGUCGAGUUGGGAUGCGUCAUCCUCCGUACAGUUAUUGGCACUACCGUUCGUAUCAUGUACAUUGAAGACGAGGGCGCUGUCAUGGUCAACGAUGCCAAAGUUAUCCUUCCUAACAUCCAGGACGAAACUAGUAUCUUCCACGGAAUUGACAAGGUCAUUGACUCUGGUGAACAAUUUGACUGCCCACAAACCCCGGAGCCAACAAGGGCACCGACUGCUCCAGUCAUUCCUCGUCCAACUGUGCCUCUAUCCAGCGCACCUCGUUCUGGACUCUCCAUUGUAUUCGCAGCAAGUAUUGCCAUUGCCGCUUUUGUCCUAUAA